GCAAUGUUAUCCAGUGGCAACGCCAAAGUGGCAGCACGUAAACAAAGUGUUUUAACAUCAAAUCAGAUCGCGUAGUUGAUAAUUGUGUAUUUUAUGAGUUAAACAGGCAAUAUAGAAUGGUUGAGGAAAAAUCCAUAAAUCUACUAUGGAACUGCGCCAAAGAGCUGACAACGGCGACACACGCCGAGCGAUUGCUCAAAUCCUACUACACAAAUACCUGUCGCAAGCUGGCCAAGCACAGUAUUCAGUUGCCCGCUGACUGCGUGGGCGCAGCAAGGAUGUGCAAGCGUUGUGGCAAUCAGUGGGCCGAUGGCAAUUAUGAGCUGCAGUUGCAACCACAACGCUUGGCAAACAAUGCAAAAAGAAGGCGGUUAAUCGCUCGCCUGGAUGUGGAAAAGGAAAAAGCCAAAGCGAAGCAGGGCAAGUUGAGCAUUGGGGCGAGGAAGCGCGCAAAAUGGCUAAAGAAGCGCAUGGCCAGUAAUAUUGCUGUUGACUGCUCGCUCUGUGGACACAACACAAUGUUGCCGCUUGAAAAGCCUAAAAAACGCUCGAAAGCUGCCGAAACAAUUGCACCGCCAACAGCAACAACAACAACUGAAGUGGCAAGCAAAAAGAAAAAGAAGAAAAACAAAAAUCAAGAUGUCAAUGCUGGGCUGAAGCUUCCCCCGCCCCAAACACAAUCGCAACAGCAGCAGCAGCAACUACAAAAGACGCCGACAGCGCAGAAAGCAGCGCCCACAACAACAAAAACCACAAGUACGCCCAAGGCAGCAGGGCAAAACAGCAAACAAAAGAAGAAAACGAAAACAACGCCCGCAGUCAGCAGCGCAGCACCGAAAGUGCAAUCGAAAACACAAAAACAAAAUGCAUUGCUACAAUUGGCAGCGCAGCUAAAAUCGCACGCGUUUAAAACCGCCAGCAAAACGCCACAAGAUCGCUUGCAAGCGUUGCUCAAGUAACGACGUUUGCAAAUGGAUUUAAAGUACAAAAGUUUGUUGUUUUUUAGUUCGAAUUAAGAAAAGACUUGUUAUUGCAUAUAAUUAAAAGUUAGCAUAAAAGCACAGACAACAACAACAUGAAU